CAACGAACCAUCCCUCCUCCUGUGGUGUCUUCACAACAACUAACCAUCCGACUCGUUCGGGCUCUCCUGCUAACCGACUCUUUUCCCUCGUGGUGCUGGCGGAUUCAAAUUAUCCUUCCCACAACUUUCCCCCCCCACCUCCCUGUCCCCUUCCCCUAUACUUACCUCGUUUUAACUUCCAUCACUCACGGCCCCAUAUCUCUCCACCAUGUCGUCACGGAAGAAGGUCUUGUUGAAGGUGAUCAUCCUGGGCGACAGCGGCGUCGGCAAGACAAGUUUGAUGAACCAAUAUGUCAACAAGAAGUUCAGCGCAAGCUACAAGGCCACGAUUGGAGCCGAUUUCCUAACGAAGGAGGUCCUGGUGGAUGAUCGUCUGGUGACAAUGCAGAUCUGGGACACGGCGGGCCAGGAGCGCUUUCAGUCUCUGGGUGUGGCUUUCUACAGAGGUGCCGACUGCUGUGUCUUGGUGUACGACGUGAAUAAUUCAAAGAGUUUCGAGGCUCUGGAUAGCUGGCGCGAUGAGUUCCUUAUCCAGGCUAGUCCGAGAGAUCCUGAGAGCUUUCCUUUUGUCGUGAUCGGUAACAAGAUUGAUGUGGAGGAGAGCAAGCGCAUGAUCUCCUCGAAACGCGCGAUGACUUUUUGCCAAUCGAAGGGCAAUAUCCCCUACUUCGAGACGAGUGCCAAGGAGGCGGUUAAUGUUGAGCAGGCGUUCGAGGUCAUCGCCCGGAGCGCCCUGGCCCAGGAAGAGGCCGAGGAGUUCAGCGGCGAAUUCAGCGACCCGAUCAACAUCCACCUUGACGGUGAGCGUGACGGAUGCGCUUGUUAAUGUGCGGCCGCUAGACCUGCCUUGCGAAUGAUUUACAUUUCUGCCUUAAGAACGCACCAUUUCCCGCUGUUUGCGCCUCUGAUUGUUCGUCGCGUUUCUUGCCUGGUAGAGAAACGACUGCUGUGUACUGCCUCUCGCCCAGGGCCGCGAGAGUGUGGGUGAUUGUAGGUGGUCCGAGAGCGUCUAUACUAUACCGCUAUGGAGCUCCUCAUGUGUCAUGCUCCUGUCAUGUAUUUGCCUUCCGAUUCGCAUGGGAUAUCCUUCGAUGGCCUUGAUCGUUUCUGUUUCAUGCUGCGUUGUUACUGUACUGAAGGGUACUAUCAUGUUUUGUAGGAGUCUGGAAUCUCAUCAUCACUUAUCUGUCGA